AUGGUACGAAGAAAAGACUUAUUCCUUCAACUAGAAGGCUUACAAACAGAAUCUCAAGAAUUAAACCAUCAUGACACCAUAACGAAAAACAAGAAUAUGAACAAGGGGUUAAGGACGGAUACAGAAGUGACAAUUACAGAUAGACUAAAGGCAUUGGAUACAAACCAACAAUCACGAGUGCCGUAUAAACGAACUACAAGGACAUCACUGGUGAGCUCCAUACAAAAUAGAUUGAAAAUGUUUGAACAAAAUGAUGGAAUAGUGGAAAAAUCAUUUACACCUCGACGUUUAACCAACCCAUUUGAAGAACAUUCAAGAACAAUACCGACCUAUAAACCAAACCCCAAGGAAGAUAAUUCACCCUCGUCGGCUAGUUCAUUCACGUCUUCCGAUACAGAUUCAGAUUUAGAAGUUGAAUCUACUCAUACUGCAGAAACUUCAAUUUAUUCGACAUCUCCACGAAAAUUGGACGGCAAACAAACUACUACAAAUUAUAAUCAUACAAGAUUUCAAAAGGAAUGCCAUAUAGGACAAUCCACUUCCGAAAAUUUGCUAGGCAUGCUUGACUGCUUAGAGGCAAUGGCAAUUGAUGAUUCAAAUAUGAUUUUACGACAAUUAGAAGAAUUUACAAACACUAUUCAACAAAGUGUCCCACAUAACACAUAUACUGUGAACCUUGAACGGUUUGAGAAGCCAAACAUAUGA